GUUGAAUUGCUUAAAUUUGGAUCCUCUAAUCUUGGUAUUAGUCCUCAUGAUACAAUGCUUAUAGCAGAACGGCUUUAUACUCAAGGGUAUAUAUCUUAUCCACGUACUGAGACUACUACUUAUCCAAAAAAUUUUGAUAUAAGAUCCGUUUUGAAGGAUCAAUCAAGUCAUUCCUUAUGGGGAUCAUAUGCAAAGGAAUUAUUUGAAAAAGGAUUUGAAUGGCCAACAGGAGGCACUGAUGUUGGUGAUCAUCCACCUAUAACUCCUAUGCGAGUAGCAAAUGAAGGUGAUUUGUCCGGUGAUUCUUGGAGAAUUUAUAAUUACGUAACUCGGCAUUUUCUUGGUUCAAUCAGUCCCAAUUUAAAGUAUCAAAAGACAAACGCCAUUAUAAAAAUUGGUGAUGAAACUUUUGAAUGUUCAG